AUUGUGUUCACAGCUGUAAAUGUGUAAAUGCAUCCUGAGCUGUGGGGUCCAAGACAAUGUGCUGCAAAAGAGUCAUCAUUUAAAAACACUAAUAAAUGUGGGAGUGGUUGUACAGUGAACACCUGUGAUGUAUUACUUACUUACUGACUUUGCUUAAUGGCAGUUCAAACCUAGUUAAACAUAAUUAAACCUAGUUUCAUACUGCAGCUAUUUUGGGAAUAUUUAUCUGUCAUUAGAGUUUGGCUCAAUUAAGGAGAUCAAUUUUAGAACCUCACAGGUGUGUAUUACAGAAGAUAGUUACAGGAAAAAAAUAAAGUGAGCUGAGUAGGAGGAAAAAUAAGUGCAAGUAAAUGUCAUGAAGGCCAUCUCAACUCUCUACUUACUACAUCAGGUUUCUGUGGAGUCACCAGCAGUAGAGGAACAUGCCAAUAUGGGAUGCAAGCAAGGAACAUUUGGUAGUUAAUAGUUUUGGUAAAUCUUAUGCAAGAGUGAUUCAUAAUCAUGUUGGAUUUAGUAGAACAGGAUUCUGAUCUACUGAACGAAAGGUCUAUUCUGAAGCUAUAGCAAUCUAACUGCUGUUCCGUUUAAUAACUUUCUUUUAUUAAUCAGCCGUCUUUAUAUAAGAAAUCUUCGUAGAUUAAAUAUAAUAGAUUGGAUAGAUAGAUUGUCCUGUUAAGCUGCAUCUCUAGGUAGCAAAGUAAGUCACGUGUAGAUACGGCGUGUAAAUUGUUGUUAGAAACCAGAGCGAACAUCCGGGAGACGCUGGAAAGUCGCUCCGGAACGACCCGACAGGAGUUAGUCCCACCCUCUCUGCGCCUUUAUUGGAUCACAGUGUCUUUUUGACGAAUAAAGCUUGACGCCAUUCGUUCUCACUCCUGUCAAUCAUUGUGUGUCACAAUAGACCGAUUCCAUUACCACCGUCUCCGGGAGAAACGAGAGCGGACCGUUUCAUGGAGAAGAGGCCCUGAACCGCUUAGCAAGACCACAGCGGUUACAGAUGCAUUGUUGUUUAUCGACUGGGACGUCCUUCACCGAAAACUGCUUUCUGUGGCAGUGACGGCUUUCUUCUCCUAGUUCAGUCCAUCACUGGAUCGCAGGCUCCUCCGGUGGUGAUGCUGUAAAGCAGGAGCUCUGUGCAUGAUGAGUGGCCUGGAGGACGGUGGUGAGUCCACAGCCCUCACUCCUCCACUCUGGGCAGGUUUAAUCUCGUUCUCUCCCUGAGUGCCUACCUCUCCACACGAGCAUGGCUGACAAGAAGGAUCCGCCUUUUUUCAAUGAUGAUAACUUUGGGGUUGUCCAUUACAAGCUGCCCUUCUAUGAGACCAUGGAGCUGUUCAUAGAGACUCUGACUGGGACCUGCUUCCAGUUGAGGGUUUCUCCGUUUGAGACGGUCAUCUCGGUCAAAGCCAAGAUUCAGAGACUGGAGGGUAUCCCUGUUGCUCAGCAGCAUUUGAUUUGGAACAGCUUGGAACUUGAAGAUGAAUACUGUUUGCAUGACUACAGCAUUACAGAAGGCUGCACUCUCAAGCUGGUCCUUGCCAUGAGAGGUGGGCCUAUCAACACAAGACGAGUGACUGUGGAUGAAUCAGUGAAGGAGACGUCCGAAUGCUUGGAUUCAAGGAGGGAUGAGGUGUGGGAAAAAUCUCUGUCUAAUAAACAGGUGACCUUCCUGGUGUACAGAGAGGGCGACCAGCUCAACUUUUUCCGGGUUGUGGACCGUGGAGAUGGAACCCUCACACCUGUGUCUGAGUCACUAAGUGGUGGUUCUGUGCACAACGUGUAUACUGAGGAAGAAGAAGAUAGUGUGAGCACUUCCUCUGGUCAGCUAUCGCUGGAGAACUCCAUCACCAUGAACAAGAUGAAGCUCCUCAAAGCCAAGAUGGAGAAUAUGAACCUCAACAAAAAGCCUAAGAAGACUGCUAAGUUGAAAGUCAGGCCUCCAGUCGGCCCCCGGCCUAGCAGUAGCUCUCUCGGCUCCGUCCGCCACCACCGAAUGUUCCGUGUCCUUCCUCAGAUCGGUCACGCCUCUGCAACAAAUCUACCUCCAGUUGGUGACCAGCAGCAACCUGCAGCCCCCUCCUCUGCUGCCGGCCCCUACAGCACGCCUCUCACCUCUCACCUGAGUCCUGCAUCUAGCAGAGCUAUUCCCUCACUGACAGCUUCUAGCAUAUACAUGCUUCAGGAGGAAGAGCCAUGGAAUAACCCCACCCCUAGGAAGAUUAGACUGCCUCCCAAAGUGUCCAGGCUGGAUGUGAGUGGGUCUAAGCUUAUAAGAGACUGCGUGUACCCACCUCUCUCUGUGCUGUCUGGUCAAGACGAGGCAGAGCCGCAGAGUGACCGAGCAGCACUUGCGGAGGAUGCGGUUGUGAUAGAGCCUCCCAAACCUGUUCCAUUUAACAGCCUGCUUCCAGAACCCCUGAGCCUGGAUGUGUCCACUCAACGGGACGCCAGCCUGGACUCUUUAGGUUCUGUCGCCGAGCCCAUGGCCGCACCUCCACUGCUGUCCCAAGCAGUGGGCUCAGACUCAGUCAGCACAUGGGCUAUAGGCACUAAAACACUACAGUCUCAGCCUGACAGUGACACAUGGGUUAUAGGCACUAAAACACUACAGUCCCAACCUGCACUUGGCUCCCUGCACCUCUCCGCCGAGCCACUAACUCCUCCACGCAUGCCUCAGCCUUUUGAGUUCACAGGGGCCUCCCUGCGGGCCAGCCCAUCUCACACCCUCCUCAGCACUAAUGAUACUCCUCCUGUCCCACCCCGGUCACCCUCGCAGGGCAUCCCUCUUUGUGGCAUCAAAAUGGACUCUCCUGGCAAGCGGCUAGAGGUGAUCUCCAAGAGCGAGGCGCGAGACAUCACCAAGACCGCCAACAAGGCCUCCAAAGAGCUGCUGGGCUGUGUGAGUAACACAGAGCUGCUGGCCUCUCUGGCCAGCUCCAGGGGUAGAGAGAGCAUGGCAGGGCCAUGUGCGCUGGGCAGACUGUGUGGUGCUUCAGCCCCCCUGCCAGCUAGCAUCCAUCUGCUUCAAGAGGACCUGCUGCGCAGAAUAAACCCCCUGCCGAAAGCAGCCGCAUACAUGCCAUCAGGAAUCCUGGGCUCGUUGAGCAGCCCCUCCAGUUCAAUAAAGAGACAGGGCACUCCAACAUAUCACCUCCCUCCUGUGAAAGCCCCAGUUGGAUCAAAAAAGAAGACUUCAAAGCACUGCUUCAUGUGUGGGAAGAAGACUGGGCUAGCCACCAGCUAUGAAUGCAGGUGUGGCAACAACUUCUGCUCCACGCACCGCUAUGCAGAGACCCACGACUGCACUUACGACUAUAAAAGUGCAGGCCGCCGUUUUCUACAGGAGGCUAACCCCAUCAUUAGUGCACCAAAGCUGCCCAAAAUAUGAAGGCACUAAGUGGACGAUUCAAGAGGGAAUAUGAGAUACUCAUUAAAAGCGAUUAAAACAGCAAGAACUUAUCACCAGUGUGUGCUUUUAUCACCAUGCUUGCUUAUCUGUCAAGGAUCCUAUAUAUAGAAAGAAACCUAAAAAUAGCACACGCUUUUUUUUAAGCAAUUACUUUUUGCACAAAUGUGAUUUUUUAUUUUAUUUAUUUUUUGUUUAAUUUUUUCGUUUUCUCCACUCUGUUUUUACUUCACAUACGGUAAGAAAAACAAAAAAGAACCUGGCAUGAAAAAUAGGUUGAUUUCUAAAUGUUUCCAUUACACUACAAACUUUUAAAUAUAAUGCAUGACUUUAAGUAUAUAUGUAUAUAUAUUUUGUUGUUUGUUUGAUUCAUAAAAUUGGAGAGAUGAUGUCAAGAGACAAAUCUUUGAGAGAUGCACUUUAGAAAUAAUGAAUAUUUCAUGGAAAAUGGGUUGACUGAAUUAUGUGUUUUUGUGAUGAAGUGUUAUGUUGACUGUUCGAGUGUCCCAAUAUUCAACAAAUCAUCUUUUUCUUUCUCUGAAUUGGUUCAUUUCAGGCCUACAGCACUCUACUCGACAUCAUACCAGGUACUAUACAUCUAUGAUAAAAUAAGAUAUCUGUCUAAUCUUGGGUUUUAGUUUGAAUGCAAGUAUGCAAGUUAUACAUGUUUGUCAGCUAUAAACACCACUAUGCAGUAUGGCCACGUAGCAUUCUUAACUAUUUUCAGAAGGGCUUGCUAUGGUAAGAUGUGGACACUUAGCUGGUUGCCAUUGUGAAGGUUCCUUUUUUACUGUCAUUUUUUUGAAUAAUUGCACAGUCAGCAGUUGCUUAAAGUUUUCAGUAUUUAUUUGGGGAUCCAACUAAUAAAAUAUACCUGUGUUUCCUUAGA